AUGGGGAAUUUUUGGCAAACAAUAUAUGGUAUCUUUCAAAACACAUUUGUGAUAAUCUUAACCAUGGAAAUAAUAAUUGGAAAUUUAGGAAAUGGAUUCUUAGUACUGCUGAACUGCAUGAACUUGGUCAAGAGAAAGAAGAUCUCAUUAGUUAAUCAAAUCCUCAUUGCUUUGGCGACCUCCAGAAUUUGUCUGCUCUGGUUAUCGUACACAGCUUUAUUUAUCAUGGUACUGAACCCAGAUUUAAUGACUGCAAGGGCAAAAAAAGUCAUUCACCAUCUGUGGAUUAUAACCAACCAUUUCAGCAUCUGGCUUGCUACAUGCCUCUGUAUCUUUUAUUUUCUCAAAAUAGCCAAUUUUUCUAACUUGUUUUUUCUUCAUUUAAAGUGGAGAGUGAAAAAGACAGUUUCAGUAAUAUGGCUGGUGUCCCUGGUCCUCUUGUUUUUACAUAUUUUUCUGGUCAACUUGAAUAUUGAUGUGUGGAUAAAUGAGUCUCAAGGAAACAUGAGCUUCAGUUCUCAUUACCCUGAAGAAUUCAGUAAGCACGUGUUAAUUCUUGACACUAUUUUCCUGUUUGUCCCCUUUGGUGUGUCCCUAUUAUCUUUCCUCCUGCUCAUCUUCUCCCUGUGGACACAUCACAAGAAAAUGCAGCAGAAUGUCCAAGGAUGCAGAGAUGCCAGAACUACAGCCCACAUCAAAGCCUUGAGAAUGGUGAUUGCCUUUCUCCUGCUAUACACCAUUUUUAUUUUGUUUCUUUUAAUACAACUUUGGAAGUAUGAGUUACUGAAGAAAGAUCUUUUCAUUUCGUUUUGUCAAGUGUUUUUCCUAGCUUUUCCUUCAGUCCAUUCUUGUGUCCUGAUUCUGGGAGAUAUAAAACUGAGACGACUUUCUCUCUGUAUUCUGGUGGCUGAUAAGCAGACCCAACAAUAUGGAGACCCCAGAUCCCUAAAACUUUGA